UUUUCGCUGAAACCAUUAACGACCAUUGUGAAAAUAGAAAAACAAUUUCUAAUAGAAUUGCCGAAGGAAAAACUUUCACCUCAAAAAAGAAAAAGAAAAAUCAAAGGCGACAUCUCAUCUGCGAAAGCACAAUGGCGACAUUCUGUCGCAAAAUACUGAAAAUAGGCUGUAAGGUUAGAGCCACUCUUUAGGGCUUGGAUUGAUGCUGCUAGUUUCCCUGCUGGUAUUGUGAGCUGGGAGUCAUAGCACUUGCAAAGAUAGUAGUACCAAGAUUUGUCAGUCAAAGGGAAAUCCUGCUUCCCUUUUUCUUCUGAAGGGUGUUCUGGGAAGUGGUGCUGCCUUUAACCGUGUGGGGAUGCACACCCUCCUAAUUGAGCCUCAACUAGAGCCAUCAAGCUAUGUCAUUCCCAUUACCACAGUAUGAUUACUUUAACUUGCCUUCAAGAACCUUUGAUUUUAUCAUGGGUUUGUAGAGUUCCUAGCCCAUGCUGCCUGUCAUGGAACUCCAGUUUGGCAUCGACAUGAGUGUUUGGUGCCUCUUUUUACAGCAUUUUCAGGGUCAGUGGCCAUGGAGCACACUUCAACUGCUGUGAAAAGCAUAAUUAGUGAAGGUUCAAUGAACUCCCAUGAUGAGAAAUUUCAGUCUCCUCAGUGUGUCUGUAAUAAAUCUUGCAUAUUAAGGGUUCAGUUUGGUUCCCCAAGAAGGGAUUUAAAAUGAGUAGUCUUUACGAAAAUGAUGAUUCUGCUUUCAUUGGAGACUCAGACUGCAACUUUGCAGUUGAUAAAGGAGAAAAGGUUCUAGAUCAUGUUGAUGAUAAGUUAGCAAGAAGUGAUGAUUUAAAUGUGGAUCUGAAUCAGCAUGGGAAACUGGGAUCCCCUUCACUGCCUACAGAUUUCACAUGUGACAUUUCAGAAUCUUCUCAUGGAAAUCUACCAGCAGAAUUUGGUCAUGAUGAUGUUAGGAGUACAAAAUUUGAUUCUGAUCAUGAGAGGACUGAGUCUCCACUCAAGAACAACCAUUACCAAGGUGAGAUGGAUGAAUUGCAUGGCAGUAAUUUUCUUAACUCCCCUCAGUUUAAGGCACAAACUUUUCAUAGUGAAAAGGGAACUGAAGAUUCUGCUCAUUCACAGGAGUCUCCUCUGAGAGCACAGGGAAAUCAGGGUGAACAAAUGGAGAGCGAUUGUGUCUAUAACGAAAUAGAAGGGGAAGGCACUGAUGCAGGACAGUUGCUACCUUCUCUGAGGUCACAGGGGUGCAAAAAUGAACUUAAGGAUGGAAAGUCACCAACUGAGAACAGAAAGCCGGACAUGAUCCAUUCUGGUAUGCAAUCGCCAAAGAGAACUCCCAGACAAUCUAGGUCACCUGUGAUUGUAAGAGAGAUGCUAGUUUCACCUGAAAGGUCUUCUGACCUACACUACUCUCCCAAUGGUGAUAAGACAUUGUCUUCUCAACAAGGUUGUCAGGACCCAUCAUAUUCACCUAGAUCCCAAAGGCAGAAACAUUCUUCACCUGAAAGGAAUGGCUUGGUAGAAAGGGUUCCAUCCCAGGAUCAUACGUCUCCUACUAUGAAAACUUCUGUUUCUCCACCAGGGUUCCAGAAAGGGUCCAGGCAUAAGCAUGAUUCUUCUCGGAAGCGCAUAUCUACAUCACCAAAAACCAGCCACUCGCCCCCAAAGCAUCGAAGGCGGGACAGAUCAGUGUCAAGGUCACCCAUUCGGCGAAGGGAUCGCAAGAGAGAUUAUCGUGACAGAUCUCGUUCAAGGUCCCCAUAUUCAAGAGAUCGUUAUAGAUCCCCAAGCAGGAGAAGGUAUUCUCCAAGGCGAAGAUCUUCCCCUCCAGGGUAUCAUUCUCAUCAUCGGUCCCCUAGAAGGAGACCCUGGUCACCGCCUCGUAAUAGGAAAACUGGAGUGGGGUUACCUGGCAGAAACUUAUUUGUUGCAGGUUUUAGCUUUUUGACUACAGAGAGAGAUUUGGAAAGAAAGUUUUCUAGGUUUGGUCAUGUACGAGAUGUUCGUAUUGUUCGAGACAAGAGGUCUGGUGAUUCGCGUGGGUUUGGAUUUUUAUCCCUGGAGAGAGAUGAAGAUGCAGAUGCAGCAAUCAGAGCUCUUGAUGAGACUGAAUGGAAUGGUCGGAUUAUCCUUGUGGAGAAAUCAAAAUCUUCAGGGCCUUGAAGCUUUAUGUACAGGUUUAUGAUUAGGAGUCUAGUUAUCACAUUAUAGUGUUGAAAUCUUGUUCAAGACAGUUGAGUUUUGAAUUUUAUAUCUUUAUCUAUGCUACCACAACAGUGUAGUACCAAUUUUCUGAAGCAGGGUGAUUUCCACCAAAAAGAAAAGAUUUUGUUCUAACCAAAACACGAGUCCUUUAAUGUGUCACUUGGGAGCAAGCAUAUAACCAUUGUGCAUUACUUUUU